AUGGCUAGUCGCGGGGACAGCUUCGAGACACAGCAUUUUAGCGACGACCACGCCACUGAUGGAUCUGCGAUGCCCAGCAGGAGUUGCACCGAUGUGCCCUGCCUUGUGGUCUUCCUGGUCUACGUGGCGUGCAUGCUGGGCAUCAGUCUCUAUGCCUUUGAGAACGGGCAGCCCCGUCGGCUGACGCAUGGCUUCAACUACCAGGGUCAGCUGUGCGGAGUCAGCAAAGCAGUCGUCGAUAAGCCCAUGCUCUUCUGGUGCCCCAAGGGUAACAGAACUCUGCAUGGCCACCCGGCAGAUUUAGAUAUGGAGCAUCCGGUGUGCUUGACGAAGUGCCCCACCGAGCCCUCCUCUGUCCAUUGCUUCGACAACCCGACAGCAAAAACAGAAGUUCUCGGCACGAGCUCGCGCUUUCAUUCUGAGCAGAUCACCAUCCAAGAGAGAACGGUGACAAAGCAGGCAUACCCCUCAGCUGCCUUUGCCGGAAUGUUUUGCGUGCCACAUUUCCACAAAGAGAUUGGGCACAUCCUUGGGGACGAGCCCUUGGUAAAGGAGCUUCUCGGCAGCCAUGGGCCCAUCGGAAAUGGCUACUUCCGCACCGCCGCGGCUCUGGGUAGCUUGUAUCGGUCCUGGCAGUUGGUGGUGGCCGCAGUGUUCCUUUCAGUUCUCCUCAGUUACCUGUACCUCUUUGCGUUGAGGUGCGCGCCCUACGGGACCACCAUGAGUAGCAUCGUGGUCGUGAUGGCCGCGAGCUUGAUCCUUGGCGUGUAUUUCCUGCUCGCCGACAAGCUGUGGGGCUCCACGCUGACGCAGUACCAGAACACCAAUCAACUCUACAAGCAGUUCGAUACAGAUUACGCGCGAUGGGUCUCCAAGGUGCUGGGUCUACUUCUCCUGUGCACCUUCGGCUUUAUGCUUUGUGGCUUUGCGGCCAUCCGCCAGAACAUCCAGGAUGCUGUGGGCUGCGUGCGGGUGUCCGUGGAGUGCGUCUUCAGCAUGCCAACGAUGAUGCUGACGCCCAUCUUCGAGGCCAUCUUCAAGCUCGUCCUGUGGUUUGGACUCCUGAGCAGCUUGAUGUGGCUGCUCGGGACUGCAGAAGUGCACCCAACCAACCUCGGCGAGGCCGGUGAUUUUUGGUUCGGCACAGCCCGGCAACUGGUUUUCACCCUGGACCAGAAGAUUAUGCUGACCAUCUACCUCGUAGGAAUCACAUGGUUUGUGGAGUUCACCAAGCACUUUGCGACCUUCGUCGUGACCUAUGGCGUGUUUCUCUGGUACUACACACCAAAACCCAAAGGGUGGGGCCCGCAGUUUCCGCUGACUCAAGGACUGUGCGUGGGACUCGUCUACCACCUUGGCACCAUCGCAUUCGGCUCCUUUCUGAUUGCCCUGACUCGGCCAUUCCGCAUCACCUUCCUCUGGCUGUCACGCCAAGCCAAAGGUGGCGAAGGAAAUGCCGUCGUGGUGUUGGUGGCCUCUUUCUGCAGUGCCUGCAUCAGCUUCACGCAGAGAAACUUGGAGUUCGUCACCAAGGCUGCCUACAUGGACGUGGUGCUUUCUGCGACGCCCUUCAUGGUGGCGGCACAGAAUGCGCACGGUUUCAUUUCAGCGGACCUCGGCAAGAUUGCCAAUCUGACAGGUGCUGUGUGGAUCAUCGGCUUUGCAGUCGUCGCCAGCGUCUUCACGGUGACGGUUCUCACCAUUUGGGUUCUCCUGACGCCGCUGCACCUGCGGCAGAUCACGCCCGAUCACACCCACAGCCACAUUGAGAAUCCCUACUUUGUAGCCCUUUUGGCAGGGACAUUGGCCGCUUCCCUGUCCGCAAGCUUCAUGGUGAUUUUCGAGCACUGCUCGGACGCCUUGCUCUAUAUCUUCCGCUGGAACAAGGCGCAUGGCCACAACACCGUCGCAAAGUACUGUCCCGAUGAGUUGGCGAAGCUCACGGAGUACAAGAAGGUGUCUCCCGGCGACGUCGGGCGCAACAGACCAGAGGCCCCCGGCAUCUUCUCCACGCUGCUGUCGUCGGGCAGCGCCAGAUGA